AUUAGUUACAAUAUUCAGAAACUUCAUCAGAAGUCAGUUGACAUUAUUUCGAGAAUAUGAAGCUCAUUGGUAUCAUAUUUUUCACGGUCUUAAUUUUCCUCAAUUCAAUUGAAUUAAGUUCACAGGCCUGGUGGAAAAAGAAAAAGAGAAUAUAUGCUGCAGAAAAAGUGUAUCGAUUUAGUGAAGUAUACGCUUACCAUUUAGAGGAGCUUACAAAACUGAAAGGAAACUAUACAGGUGGUGUACUAGAUGGUAUUCUUUUUGGAGCGGUCAGAUCUGAGGACCAUUUGAUGCAUAAAAUAUAUGAUGCGCAGGACGAAGCGAUGACAAUAUGCGUGAAGAGUGGACGUCGUAGUAGACUAACAAUAAAGCAAAUUCAGAAAUUUCCUUUCGCAGCUGAACCUGAUGAAAGCUUUUCUCUUCCAGUUAUUUUUGAGUAAAAUAAUAAUAUUUCUGGAUAAAAAAUUGCUACUUUAUACUCGUGAAGAAAUUUCAGUACAACCUAAUGCAAAAGAAUAAAGUAAAAUUGGUUUUUUGGCUUUUUAAUUGCUAAUUUUUCGUUCACAAUUUUGAAUGGAAACCAAAAGCUUUUGAUAC